CUCCUGUGGUGCGACCUUUGGACCCACAUGGCCUAAACAAAAGCUUUUGUCUAUUGUACUAGUACAAGUAGUUCAUUGCACUGUAGCUAUAAGCACUGGAAUCCUUGGCAGCUAUAAGGACUCAUUGAGCUGGAGUAAUGAUGACAACUGCAAGCAUAUUGCUACUGAUGCUGUGCAGCAUUGUGUGCCUGUCUGUGGCAGAAGAAAACCUAAAGCUGAAGGUGGUUACUAUAGCUACUGAUGAAACUGAUGGGUACCUGCGUUUCAUGAGAUCGGCAAAGCUAUUCAAUCUGGACGUUGAGGUAGUAGGUAUGGGCGUGGCAUGGAAAGGUGGUGAUAUUGUGCGAUACCCCGGCGGAGGUCACAAGGUCAACCUUCUCAAGCCAGUCGUAGAGAAAUGGAAGGAUGAGAAGAACCUUAUUGUCAUGUUUGUGGACAGUUAUGAUGUGGUGUUUACUACUGGAGCUGAUUCCAUUCUAUCCAAGUUCAAGGACUUCAACGCCAGAGUAGUGUUCUCAGCCGAGGGUUUCUGUUGGCCAGACUCCUCUCUUGCUUCCCAGUAUCCUCGAGUCGGUCUUGGCAAACGAUUUCUCAAUUCUGGAGGUUUUAUGGGGUACGCCUCUGAGAUGCACUCACUUGUCAGUCAUCACGAGGUGAAGGACAUUGAUGAUGACCAGCUUUACUAUACCAAGCUCUACCUGGACAAGGAGAUCCGAGAGGAUAUGUCAAUGCGGCUGGACCAUCGUGCCCACAUCUUCCAGAAUCUCAAUGGAGCAGUUGAUGAGAUUGAACUGAGAGUAAAUGGCAGUACCUCCUACGCUUACAACACCAUCUACGACACUACAGCUACUGUAUACCAUGGAAACGGACCAUCAAAGAAGUUUCUGAACAACCUUGGCAACUACAUCCCUAGUGCUUGGAAUGAGGAGGACGGUUGUCUGGUGUGUGGGGAGUGGCGUAAGGAACUCCCCCAGGACAAAGGGACGUGGCCUAUGGUGGUACUGGCCGUAUUCAUUGAGAAGCCCAGUCCGUUUCUGGCGGAGAUGUUGGAGAGGGCCACUCAACUUGACUACCCCAAGAACAGAAUGUCUCUCUUCGUCCACAAUGCUGCUGCGUAUCACGAGGUGCUUGUGGGGGCGUGGUUUGAACUGGUGUCAGGUGACUACAGCUCCAGUCAGUAUAUCUCCUCCGACACUUCCCUCACUGAAGAAAGGGCAUACUCCACAGCAGUGGAGGCUUGUCUAGAGAAGUCAUGUGACUACCUGUUCACCGUAGACUCUCUGGCUAUGCUCACACAACCAUACACUCUACAGCGGCUUAUAGAGGUCAACAGGAAUGUGGUGUCCCCCAUGUUGGUGAGACCAUAUCGACUCUACUCCAACUUUUGGGGAGAUGUGGCGUCCAAUGGAUUCUAUGCUAGGUCACAUGACUACAACCAUAUCGCAGAGAAGCAAAGGCUUGGAGUGUGGAAUGUUGCGUUCAUCUCGGUGGCAGUGCUGAUGUCAGGACAGUGGUUGGCCGGACUGCAGCAGGAUCCCCCUUCUUGGCGGAGCAAGGAACUUGAUGCUGACAUGGCGUUAUGUGAAUGGAUGAGGGAAAGGGGUCACUUCAUGUAUGUGAGCAACCUGGAAGAGUAUGGCCACUUGCUGAAUGGAGACAAUUUCAACACGGACCACGUCAACAAUGACAUGUACAUGCUUUUCGACAAUAGACUAGACUGGGAGAAGAAGUACCUUCAUGAGAACUGGUCCAAAACCCUCGACGAGGAAUAUGUAGUGGAAAUGCCUUGUCCAGACGUCUACUGGUAUCCCAUGAUCUCGGAGACAUUCGCCAAAGAGCUUAUUGAGGAAAUGGAGCAUCAUGGUGGGUGGAGCUCUGGCAAUAACAAAGACGAAAGGUUGGAUGGAGGAUACGAGAAUGUUCCGACAAGAGACAUCCAUAUGAAACAGAUUGGAUUUGAGCCACAAUGGCUCGAGGUGAUCAAGACGUAUGUGGCCCCAAUUCAGCAGAAGGUUUUUCCAGGAUACUUCACUAGAUCGCAGGCUUUUAUGAACUUUGUGGUGAAGUACUGGCCUGCAGGGCAAGACCGACUGAGGCCUCAUCACGAUGCUUCCACCUUUACCAUCAAUGUGGCUCUCUCACGACCUGGCAUCGAUUAUGAGGGUGGUGGCUGUCGGUUCGUGCGCUACAACUGCAGUGUUACCCAGACUCGUCUUGGCUGGGCCUUCAUGCAUCCCGGACGACUCACUCACUUUCACGAAGGCCUCAUUGUUACCAAGGGAACCCGCUACAUUAUGGUGUCAUUCAUUGACCCCUGAACUCUCAAGCUUUGAACAAUUGUCUAGAACUUCUUUAAAAGAGACAAUUAGGGCCUUUGUGUGUGUAUGUAUGGAAUCAAUUGUGUGCACACUAUAUGCAUGAAUCAUUACUUUUUUGCUGAUGUUAAUUUUAGACACA